GCCGGCCGCGUCUCUUCCCUCCCAAAUCCCGCGUUUCAAAAAAAGGAAAGCAAAUUUCUUCUUCCCCUCGAAAAAUCAAUCUACUCGCAAUGGAGAGCGUAGAGACGAAGGCGGCGGCGGCGGCGGCGGCGGCUGGAGCUAAGGGCGGCGGAGGAGGGUACGGCUGCUGCGGGUGGGAGACGCCGAAGCGGGAGGAGUGCCGCAUCCCGGCGACGCUGCCCUGCCCCGCGGCGCCGAGGAAGGCCGUGCCGGACUUCGGGAAGCGGCGCAGCCCGCCCAAGAACGGCUACUUCCAGCCGCCGGACCUGGAGGCGCUCUUCGCGCUCGCGCCGCGCCGCCAGGCCUCCUCCUGCGCGUGACUUCGGCGGCGGACCGGCGGUGGGCAGAGGACUCUGCUCCAGAUUGAUUUUGGGAGUUGUAGAUAGGUUUCCGGUCUCUUCUGUUGUACUCACUCUAGUAGGGUUUAGUAGCAGGUCGAUUAGGGAGGCAGUAGGAGGGUUUUAGGGAGCAGUAGGUAGGUAGGUAGGUGGUGGAUGCUUGAGAUGAGAACUCAUAUAAGCAUACUGUUUUGUUCUGAACUUCAUAUGAUGAAAUCCUUAUAUGUUUCUUGUCACUUCUGCA